GGCAAGCGACGAGGGUCCGUUAAAGCUUUCAGGAUUUCCACUGUCAACACUUGGCUCUCGAGCGCUGCUGUGCAGAGCAACGACGAUGUCGGAGCAGGAGUCUCUGAGGUGCUCAAGUGCCAGAAACCGUGGAGGCGUACAGAGGGUCGAAGGAAAACUGCGAGCCAGUGUAGAAAAAGGGGAUUACUAUGAAGCACAUCAGAUGUACAGGACUUUAUUUUUUAGGUACAUGUCACAGGCGAAACAUGCUGAGGCCAGGGAGCUGAUGUACAAUGGCGCUCUGCUCUUCUUCAGCUAUAACCAGCAAAACAGUGCAGCGGACCUGUCCAUGCUGGUCCUUGAUGUGUUUGAGAAAUCGGAGACUAAAGUCGACGAUGAAGUAUUAGAAUGCCUGGCUAAGCUGUUCAGCCGGAUGGACCCAAACUCUCCAGAGAGAGUAGCGUUUGUGUCCAGAGCCUUGAAAUGGUCCACAGGAGGGUCCGGCAAGUUGGGUCACCCAAAACUACACCAGUUGCUAGCUGUCACCUUGUGGAAAGAGCAAAACUACAGCGAGUCUCGUUACCACUUCCUGCAUUCGUCUGACGGGGAGGGCUGUGCACAGAUGCUGGUGGAGUAUUCAGCGGCACGAGGCUACCGCAGCGAGAUUGACAUGUUUGUGGCGCAGGCCGUCCUACAGUUCCUAUGCUUAAAGAACAAAAACAGCGCUUCCGUGGUGUUCAGCACAUACACAGAGAAACACCCGUCCAUAGAGAAGGGCCCUCCCUUCGUCCAGCCCCUACUAAACUUUAUCUGGUUUCUGCUGCUGGCAGUGGAUGGGGGUAAAUUAACAGUUUUCACAGUGUUAUGUGAGCAAUAUCAACCUUCCCUGAAGAGGGACCCCAUGUAUAAUGAGUAUCUCGACAGAAUAGGACAGGUUUUCUUCGGCGUCCCGCCCAAACAAUCUCCAUCGUAUGGUGGACUGCUAGGAAACCUGCUGAACAGCCUGAUGGGUUCGGGCGAGGAGGAUGACGGCGCCGAAGAAGCCCAGGAGGACAGCAGCCCCAUAGAGCUGGACUGAGCCUGCCCCCGGGACAAAGAACAAACGAACACACACACAAACGCGCACACAUACACACCCAAAAAGAGGAAGACGGCGUCGCCUCCCUCCUUCACCUCCACACAGAGGGCGGGGGCGAGGCGCCGGUCCAUGUUUUCAGAGGCGUGCGGUUUCCAAAAUAAACCUCUUCCCACCCAUCCAGUCUUAAAAUCCCAGAAUCCGAAAGUAUCAGGCCGCCCAAACAUCCCUCUCAGCACUGCCGGGACUUAUUAUAUUAUAUUAUUUUAACCUUUUUUUUUUUUUUUUGUUUGUUAGUUUAAGACUCUUACUCUCUGAUUAGGGUGUAGGAUUUUUAAACCAGAGCUAACAAACUGCCCUCUCCCUGUGAAAACCUGCUCCCAAGUGAUGGGGAAUGGGUCUGAGUCUCCCAGAGGAGAGGAUAGCAUCGCUAGUGAAAGCUCUCGUCAUAACGUUGGUAACGACGUCAUUACAAGAGGGUUUAGUCAACGCCCUACAACUACUCAACUGCUUUUGUUUGCCCGACAGCCAUACGGAGCUCCGAUCAGAGCCGUGGCGUUGCUGCUGUUGGCGCUUUUUCGCAGCUUUCUCCGUUUAAAACUCUUGUUCUUUCAGUAGUAAGUUUAAAAUUGUACAUGUAGUCAAAGCCACCGGUCAGUUUCUCGUGUUCUUUGUCCUUUUUUAGCAAUAUGGACAAAAAGACAACAAAGCUCUUUUGUAAGUUAUUAUCAGAGGUCAUUAAGCACCUCGAUUAUCAACCAAACAAACUUUUUCUCCCCCACCCACGGAUUAUAGUGGGGGGCUGUAACUUCUAUUCUAGUGAAUUACUGCAAACAUACAGCUGUCUGUAUACAAAUAGCUCUACUGUAGAGGUCCCACUUUUUAACUGGUGCUGUUUGCAUCUCCAAAGGGCAAUUGUGUGAAAAAAUCCAAUUUGGGCUUUUAAAAAAAAAAAAAAAAAAAAUUCUGGCAAUAAGGUGUUUAAAGCACUUAAAGCGUUUGUUUUGCUGGUUGCUGGCUCUGGGUGCCUGUCUAUGUGUCGCUGUGAAAAAUAAAAUGUCAAAGUUGGGGUUAUACCUUCCAAGUCUGUAAAGUGAUCUUUAGGAGGGAAGUGAGACACUGUGAAAACCUUUUGUCCGUUGGAGUGAAUCUUGCUUUUCAAGGUAGCUGACAAUUUCUGGCUUUUGUUCAAUUCAGUUUUUUUUUUUUUUACGUUUUGAACAAGUUAAUCCAACGUCAGUUCAGCCAGUGCACAUCAGAAGUGUGAUUCCUACAGUAGCUUAACAUUCAUCAGUGGCCCACAGAAAGCACACUCGCUCUGCUCCUUUUCUCUCGACAGCUUUGUUUCUUUUCUCACAACUUCCGCUUCUUUAUGGUCUUGGUGACAUUCGAUCAGUCUAGGUCAAAUUUCAGUUUAAUACUAGGGAAACAAGGAAAGUCCAAAGGUCUUCCAACGUAGAGUAAUAUUUAUUCACUUCUGUGUAAUUAUCUGUGUUGGAUUGUGAAAGUCCAAAAUAGCCAAUACUAAAUAAGUGAUGAUAAAAUAAAUAAUUGUGUGAACCAACUUAGCUCGGUAAAACUCAACUCAUUUUUUUUGGGAAGGUUAUGUUUUAGGAAAACUUUUAAAAAAUAAAAUCUAAAGUCAAAGAAAAAUAGAAAAUAAUUCCAUGAAAAUGAGUUGUUUUGACUUAUUUAUUUAAAUACCUCACAGGUUAAUUGGUUCCUUUUUUAAACAUGUCACUCCUAUUGACAUGCUUGUUUGUUUUUCAUAAACUUUAAUAUUGGCCAUUUUGGGCUGGCUCGACGUGGCCGUGCUACAGAGGGACAGACGGAACAGUGUUGAGUUGUCGACGCGUAUGCACUGCAGCAGUCAUCCGGUUGAUAACAAGAGUGAGAGAAACUGCCAAUAUUUUUGCUUGAAACGCCCGUCCACACUAAGAACGCUAACCACGGCAACGUGAGCAUCCACACUGCUGAGCGUCGAGCCCGCGCUGCGCACUCCAGCUGAUAACGCAUAAUCCACUGAUACAGCAGACGUUGCAAGUAGGAUUACAGGAAUGUCUGUAGCAAUUUAGGGAUGCACCAAAUUCUGAUUUUUGGGGUUUGGCCAAAUACCAAAUCCACUGGUUAACAUUCUGCCGAAUCUGAAACAGAAUACCGAAUCCUACUCCCGUCCUCAGUCCAUUAACACAGUAAACACAUUAAUGAAGUAAACAAAUGGUUAACACAAGGUUUUAGCUGUGACUGUCCUUCCUUUUGCCGUACCUGAAGUCGCUGCAUUUUGACUGCUGUCUGUAGAUUCCUUCAUGCACAACCCGUAUUCUUUCGGAUGUUUUAACAGCGGCGAUGUUGUGUGUUGUUUAGGGUCCUCACCACCACGAGACAAAUCAGCAUUGCAAAUUGAACACGUGGCUGGACUUAAAUCACUUUCUUUUGACUGAAAGUACUGCCAAACACUUUCUGCUCACGAGUUCCAUUUUUGAGUUCCAACACUCCACCUACGUAAACACCUUCCUGUAAUCAACAUCGACCAGCGUAGUGCAAGCGUAGGGUUCGAUUCAGUGGGGGAAAAAAAAUUCUAAAGGUUCGGCAGAAACCGAACCCCGUCAAAAAGCCCAGUAUUUUUCCGAAUCCGGACCAUAAUCCUGGAUUUGGUGCAUCCGUAGGAGUAAUAUCCUACAUAUUUGUGAAAUCACGUAGGCUCCACUUUAUGAACUAAGAGUCUACCGGCGCCACUACCUGUGUGAAACAAAUCUCUCCGCAGUGUUCUCUCUCUCCCUGCCGUGCCAUGAUAUCAAUUCAGAUGGAUUCUGAUUUGUUUAUCGUUCAUCAAAUCGCUCUGAAAGUGAUCCCAGCGAUUAGCGUUGGCCGUUGUCGUUAGAGUUGCAGCGCGGACUCUGCCACCCACUGGAGUUGGAACAAUUUUCAAAACUAUAUAUUUAUAGAGAUGGUUCUAGUUACCGCUCUUGGUGUGGACGGCCCUUAACAGUAUUGCGUUGGUGAAAAGUCCCGAUUUCUGGUCGGAGUUUACAUCCAUGAGGUCGAAAGGGAAAUGCGGGCAAAAUGGACUUUUAGGUUCCUCAGCAGUUCAAAUUUCCCAAGACGUCAGGCAGUUAAGCCCUUGUGUUGUCCUCGGGUCAAAGUGUUUUUAUAUCCGAUUGCCCAAAAAUAACGUGGAUGGUUCCAUACAACGUUCUUCAGGUAAAAUGAAUGAUUACGUUCACUGAAUUUUUUGGGUGUUAUUUAAUCUUAUAGCGUUUUUUUUUUCUUAUUUGUUUCAAAACGGUAUCCGGACUAAACUUUGACACAUACCCAUCUGUGAUCCACUCAACAUCCUCUGAUCUUGACUAUUUGUCGAAAAUAAUUCAUUUCUGCCUUUUUAACUAAAAAGGUGUGUAAGUGACCGAAACAUUGGAAAAGCGCAAAAGAUUUCAACUGUGACCUGGAAGAACAAGUUUAUGGUUGACGGGAAGACAACGCAAGGGUUACACAAUAUCACAACCUGCUCUACUCCGCAUAUCACACGUUCUGUUAUUCAGUGUCAAUCAUUUAACCCUGUAACUUCUUUUGCUAACCUGAAAGUCACUUUUGUUUGAAUGCUGCUGUGUCAUCACACCUUUUUUAGUUUUUGAUUAGAUUUGAUCCUUUCAGGACUAAAAGGGGAGUGUUUGCUUUCUUUUUUGUUCAUGAUUCACUACAUCAGUAAAUAAACUACAGCUGAGAAGAGUUUGACAAUGUCAUGAAAUAAAUAUUG